CCUAUUUAUUAUACGUAACCAUAUCCAUUGUUUUAUGGGUGCAGUUGCAACCAACCUUAGCAUCUGUUGAGAUCACUAAAGGCAUCAAUGGCCUAGACAAACUCGUACUCCGUCAAACCCAUGGAAGUACUGUAGAUGUAUGUAGAAGACGAACUCCCUAAUUUCUCUCUGAUUUGCUCGCGUGUAUCUGUAUGGAGCUCAUGUAACAUCUUGGAAAAAUGAUCAAGGAAAAGAGUUGCUUUUUCUCAGUAGUAAGAACUUCAUGUGUUUAUGAAGGCAACCUUUAGCCCCCCAAAAGCAAUACGAGGGGGAAUUCCUAUCAUCUUUCCUCAAUUUUCAAAUAUUGGCCCUCUUAAAUCCCAUGGAUUUGCUAGAAACAGAGUAUGGACCAAGGAGAACAAUUCCCGUCCUCUUCAAUCCAAACCCAUUAAUGAAGUUUUUGUUGAUUUGUUACUUAAGUCCACAGAAGAUGAUUUGAAGAUAUGGCCCAACAGGUUUGAGUAUAGACUGAGGAUUACUCUUGGACUUAAAGGAGAGUUGACGAUGACAUCUCGGAUCAAAAAUACAAACACUGAUAAAAAGCCAUUUAAUUUUACAUUUGCAUAUCACAACUAUUUUGCUGUUUCAAAUAUCAGUGAAGUUCGAGUGGAAGGAUUGGGGAAACUUGAUUAUCUUGACAAUACAAAAAACAGGACAAAAUUUAAAGAUACACGGGAUAUAAUAACCAUUAAUUCAGAGACUGACAGGAUUUAUCUCGGCACACCAAAAAAGCUUGCAAUUCUUGAUAAUAAAAAGAAACAAAGGGUUUCCAUUGAGAAAGAUGAGAUUUUUAAUAUUAUUUACAUAGAAGAUCCAAUAUUUUGAUGAAAAAAAAAAAUAUAUUUUAAAAACCAGUUUUUUAGUUGAACCGGUAUGGUGACCAGUUCCCGGUUCAACCGGUUUAACCGGUUCGACUGACGGGUGAACAGGUUUCUAUAUUUUUCAUGUUUUUUUUUUUUUUUGUAUUUUCCUACACAUACAGACAUAUAUAAAUCAUGAAUUUGAUGUUUACAAGUUCAAACAUUAAAUAUACAUAAAAAUAAAUUGUAGAUGAAUCCAAAUACACUAAAAUAAAACAUAACCAUAAGUUUUAGUGUUUUACAUUAAUCUAUAUACGUUAAAAAGAAAAAUAAAAUAUAAUAUCGAAACAGAAUAUAGUUUUAGAUGAAUAUAAACACAUAAAAAAACUUUAUAAUAUUUGUCAUAUGAUUUUAUUUAGAGAAAACAAAAUCGAUUUGAAAAAAAAUCACCAAAGUUUAUUAUGUAAAUGAUUCUUUUUCAUUGUUUUUAUUCGGUUUAACCGGUUUAUUUUGACCGGUUCAACCGGGUUUUUCUAAAAACCGGCCGGUUCAAUCCGGUUCAGAAAUCAAUAUAAAACUGGUAAUAGUUGAACCGCUCCCUCCUCUAAUUCCCGGUCCAACUGGUACGACCGGCCGGUUCAAACCGGUUUUUAAAACACUGAAAAAAACUUUUUACUACCGAGACAAAAACGAAAAGUUGUUUAAGACUUUUAGUUUAGAUUGUUAAUUUUUUUUUCUUUUUUUAAAAUCAACUAUACUAAAGGACUAAAAAUGUAAUUUACACUAGAACUUAUUUUAUAACUUUUU